CUCGCGUUUGCGCACAAAUAGCGCGAUAUAACGCGCGUCUCGUUGGAUAGCGGCAGCGCGUUUCUUCCUUCGACAAAACCGAUGCGCAACCGCACAUCUACAGUGAUGAUGAUGAUGAUGUUGGUUGCGGGAGACAAACUAAUUGCUUUUGUAUCGCAUAUCGGGAGAAUAUGUGUAUAUGCAUUUAUCUGUGCUGCUAAGGGGAGGGGGGUGCGUGUGUUUGUGCGCCCACAUAACGGUAUAGCUCGUACAGACGGGGCAAGUUUAUAGCAUAUAUAUAUGGCGAGAGGUUUGCUUUUUAAACUUAACUCUGCGGUAUAUGUGUUUCAAUGCGCAGCGUCCGUUCGGUUUCAAUAAAAGCCUCGGAGACGUAUGCAUAUGCUUGCACCGCGCAUGCAAACUUAAUCCGCACGCGAAUGGAGAGAAAUGCAGUGUAGUGUACCAAUGGCAUUGUUUGCUCGCAGGAGGUGUGCGCAGCCCCGGAGUCAUGUCCAGAUCGGGUGACCGAACCUCCACGUUUGAUCCGACCCACAGCGACACUCUGCUGCACGGUCUCAACCUGCUGUGGAGAAAGCAGCUCUUUUGCGAUGUGACUCUCACCGCACAGGGACAGCAGUUCCACUGCCACAAAGCCGUGCUGGCGUCCUGCUCCCAGUAUUUCAGGUCUCUGUUCUCCACGCACAUGCUCAACAGAGAGGACGGGCUGGCGAGCAAGGACCAAGGCAGCAGCGGCACGCCGUCCUCCUCGCCGGACGACAAGCUCCUGCCCAGCCCGCGCUCGGCCAUCAACAACCUGGUGCUGCAGGGCUGCUCGUCCAUCGGUCUGCGGCUGGUGCUGGAGUACCUCUACACCGCCAACGUGACCCUGUCCCUGGACACGGUGGAGGAGGUGCUCUCCGUCAGCAAGAUCCUCAACGUCCCGCAGAUCACCAAGCUCAGCGUGCAGUUCCUCAACGACCAGAUCUCCGUGCAGAACUACAAGCAGAUCUGCAAGAUCGCAGCCCUCCACGGCUUGGACGAGACCAAGAAGCUCGCCAACAAGUACCUGGUGGAGGACGUGCUCCUCCUUAACUUCGAGGAGAUGUGCGCCAUGCUGGACGCCCUGCCUCCGCCCGUGGAGUCCGAGCUGGCUCUUUUUCAAAUGUCCGUCUUGUGGUUGGAGCACGACAGGGAGACCAGGAUGCACUACGCUCCGGACCUGAUGAAGCGCCUGCGUUUCGCCCUCAUUCCUGCCCCGGAGCUGGUGGAGAGGGUGCAGUCCGUGGACUUUAUGAGGACUGACCCGGUGUGUCAGAAACUGCUGUUGGAUGCCAUGAACUACCACCUGAUGCCCUUCAGACAGCACUGCAGACAAACUACAGCCAGCAGGAUUCGCUCAAACAAACGGAUGCUCCUGUUGGUUGGGGGCCUGCCACCAGGCCCCGACCGCCUCCCCAGUAAUCUGGUUCAAUACUACGACGACGAAAAGAAGACAUGGAAGAUCCUUACAAUAAUGCCAUAUAACAGUGCCCAUCACUGUGUGGUUGAAGUGGAAAACUUUCUGCUGUUAAUGGGUGGAGAGGACCAGUGGAACCCUAAUGGCAAGCACAGCACUAACUUCGUAAGUCGAUACGACCCAAGAUUCAAUAGCUGGAUUCAGCUGCCCCCCAUGCAGGAAAGGAGAGCGAGUUUCUUCGCUUGCUGCCUGGAUAAGCACUUGUAUGUUGUUGGGGGAAGGAACGAGACAGGUUAUCUGUCUAGCGUCGAAGCCUAUAACCUUGAGACAAACGAAUGGAAUUACGUUUCGUCUCUUCCCCAGCCGUUGGCUGCACACGCAGGGGCCGUGCACAAUGGGAAAAUAUACAUCUCAGGUGGAGUUCACAACGGAGAAUACGUGUCUUGGCUUUACUGCUACGACCCCGUUAUGGACGUCUGGGCUCGGAAACAAGACAUGAACACUAAGCGAGCCAUACACGCUCUCGCAGUCAUGAACGAUCGCCUGUAUGCUAUUGGCGGCAACCACUUAAAAGGUUUUUCUCAUCUGGAUGUAAUGCUGGUUGAAUGCUACGACCCCAAAGCAGACCAGUGGGAUAUUCUGCAAACGCCGAUCUUGGAGGGACGAAGCGGCCCUGGAUGUGCCGUUCUCGAUGAUAGUAUUUACUUAGUUGGUGGCUACAGCUGGAGCAUGGGAGCCUAUAAGUCAUCCACCAUUUGUUACAGCCCGGAGAAAAGCACAUGGACAGAAAUGGAAGGGGACGUGGCAGAACCUUUAGCCGGACCGGCCUGUGCCACAGUCAUACUGCCGGCCUGUUUGCCAUUUAACAAAUAACUGCACAGAACAAGACAAGUGCAGUGAAGAAGAGGAAAACGCCGUCGGGAUGGAAAGUCCAUCGCUAAACAAAAUAAACAAGAGGACUCUCUUAAAUGAACGCCUGCAGCUUUUUAAAAGGAGCUGAUGAGCUGUAGAGAUUAUUUUUUUACUGGUCGGACAAGAGCACUUUGUUUCUUUCAUACCUAAAAAAAAAGUUGAUAAAAAACUGAUAUAAUCAUCAACUUUAUGUAUUUGAUGCUCAUGUGUGUUGACAUUCAACUGCUCAUAUUCAAUCCGUUUUUUAUCGUAAAUAUUUUCGCUGAACUCGACAUGGCACGCAUACUUUGACCAAAUCAAAAGAUCUUCCAUAUGUACGCCGAUCGAAGACAAUGAACUGCUGAAGUGGGUUGACAAAGGACGAUUCAUGUUUUUUUACAAGCAAAAUCACGAUUCUGUGUACACUGUAGACUAGCUGUUUAAUAUAUAUCACGUCAUGUCUGCUUGUUAGAUAUUGUGGCCAUACUUAAUUCACACAUUGUUAUUUGUACAGAAGAGAGGGGAAUAAAUGUCAAUUAAAAAAAUAACUUUCCGUUAAACACAGACACUUUUUAUUUAUUGGUUGAACAAUCAGUAAACAUUAUUUACUUAGCCAUGUGGUAUAUAUGCAUGGCGUGAAGUGGAAAGCUUAUUGUGCUAUACUGUGGGUACACGUUUGUUUGUUGAAAUCUCAUAUUUCACAGUGCCUAUUUUUAGCAAAUGGCUGCUUUGUUUAGUAAACCUUUUUUGCAUUUUAGCAGCCUUGUAAAAAAUCAGACAUUUUAAAUAAUCAUUAAUUAUUAUACUGAUUGGUUUCUCCGAAGCGUGAAAAGAAUCUGAAUUUGUUGCACUGAUAUUUGUUGGCCCUUUUCAUGAGUAAAAGGGAUUUUUUUUCUUUCCUUGUAAAUAAUCGCUUGCAGUGGGAUAUUUUUGUGCUUAUGGGAUUUAUUCUCAAAUCCUGUUAUGUUCUUUACAUUUUAGUCUAUGAAAAUAAAAUUUCUGAAU